ACGCAACGCAAGACCCCUGUAGUCCAUGCAUCCAUUCCUGUCUGUUUGUACCUGCUGACUACUGAACUUAGCUCGUAGCCUUUUUACCUUAUGAGGGCACUUCUUCCCUGGAAUAACAACAUGGAGCAACAUCCCAACAUGAUUCUAACUCGCUCCCCCCUCAAUAUGUCAAGGCUCAUUUAGGGAAAGAUGGACACCGUCUGUUCGGCGUCAGCGUCUUAAGCUGUUAGGGCUGUUUUUUUUGUGUGGGUCCAUUUUGCGUGUAAUUGGAAGUGGAAAAAGACAAAGAAAAGAGCUUUCCAAUAGCUAGAAUGGUUUGGGCCUAAAAAGAAGACAAGAGCAACAUGAACCGUGAGGACCGGAAUGUGCUUCGAAUGAAAGAAAGAGAAAGGAGAAAUCAAGAAAUCCAGCAGGGAGGAGGCGAGGCCUUUCCAGCAAAUUCCCCUCUUUUCCCUGAGCCUUACAAAGUGUCCAGCAAAGAAGAUAAACUGUCGAGCCGUAUUCAGAGCAUGCUGGGCAAUUACGACGACAUGAAAGAUCCAAUUGGCGAUACCCUUCCGAAGCUUACCGCCAAACCUACGAACAGCUCGUCUUCCUCCGAGGAGAAAUUGGCCCUGCCCUUGUUUGCCGGUGACCAGCGAGGAAGCGGAAGCAGCCAGAGCAGUAAGUGGACUCCUGUCGGCCCCGCCUCUGCGGCCUCCUCAUCCCAGUCUCAGAAACGCUCCGGACUCCAGGGGGGGCACAGUAGCCAGAGGGGCAGCGGCGGCAGUAGCGGCAGCAGCAGUGGUAGCCAAAGACACGGCGGAGAGUUGCGGGAAAAGAAGUCGAGUAAACACAGUGGAUCAGAUCACUCAAAGUCGCACACAUCCAGUCCGGCCAAGGGCUCGCUGAGCUCUUCCGGCGGCAACAGCCACUCGCGGAGCUCCUUGGCCGCAGAGCAGCAUCACAGCAAGGAGCGCUACAGGUCCAAGUCGCCGCGAGACCGGGAGGCCAACUGGGACUCGCCUUCUCGGCUUCACACUUCCUUCCCUAGCGGACAGCACUCGAGUCAGGCAUUCCCCCCGUCGCUCAUGUCCAAACCGGGCUCCAUGCUGCAGAAACCCACGGCCUAUGUGAGGCCUAUGGACGGCCAGGAGACGGCAGAAGCCAAGAGCUCACAAGCAGAAAGCUACAGCGGACAGUCGCACAGCAGCACUAUGGGGGAGAUGAAGUCUAAUGGAAAAGCCUCGCUGACCAAACUCAAGAUCCCCUCGCAGCCUGUAGAGGGCCCUGGAGACGCCAACUGCGUGGACGAGAUUCUGAAGGAAAUGACUCAGACCUGGCCCCCUCCAUUGACAGCUAUCCACACCCCCUGCAAGACAGAGCCCUCCAAGUUUCCGUUCCCCACUAAGGAUUCUCACUCCUUCCCAAAGCGGGGCAGUUCUUCCAAGAGCUCAAGCAGCCACCAGUCCAAGCCUUGUGAUAACCAGCCAACAACGCUGGCAGAGGACCUCAAACUCAGCAGCAGCGAGGACAGUGAUGGAGAGCAGGACUCUGCCAAAAACAUCGCAAGAAACAAAUCAGAAAGCAAUAACAGCGAAGGACCGGAGCAGUCCAAGGAUGACUCAAGCAGCCACAGUGGCUCCGAGAGCAGCUCGGGUUCUGAGAGCGAGAGUGAGAGCAGCACGACGGACAGCGAGGCCAACGAGCCUCCACGACCUGCUUCUCCGGAGCCUGAACAACCAAUGGCCAACAACAAGUGGCAACUGGACAACUGGUUCAAGAAGACUAAGCAGUUCUCUCCAGCGUCGCCAUUGGACAACAACAACGUGCAAACUAAGAGCAAAAAAGAGGGCAGAGAUAAUAGCUCAGGUCGAGGCUACGGGAGCCAGGGCGGCGGAUCCAAAGAUCCCUCAGCACCGGCACCAUGCAGGGACCUUCGAGCGGCGCAAAAAGGAGGCGAGACUGGCCGUGGUCGGCAGAAAUCUCCAGCUCAGAGUGAAAGCAGCUCGGGGAGCCGGCGGCCUGAGGGAAAGAAACAGCCUAAAAAGUGUGAAAAGCCCCCUGUGGUGGAGGAACCCAAGGGCGGGCUGAGGGUGGAAAGUGAGCCAGCUCCUGAGAUCCCCCCUCACCGGCCAAUAGCCGCCACCAAGGGUUCCCGCAAGCCCAGCAUCAAAAAGGAGCCAAAAUCCUCUCCGCGACCCACCGCAGCUACCACCGCCACCACCGUCAACAAGCGCAAGGCCAAAGCCAAGUCGUCUUGCGAGAAGUCUCGGGAGUUUGUCACGGACUCGACAACGUCGGACUCCGAAGAAAAUGACAGCAUCCCGUCCUCGUCUCAGACGCCCAAGUACACUGAGAGCAUCCGGACGCCUGUGUGUGUGUUCUCAUUGGAGGACAAAGAGCUGCUGUCUCCUUUAAGUGACCCGGAAGAGCGCUCCACCACGAGGCAGCCUCCGCAACAGGUUUUGAUAGUCAAAAUAGAUCUCAACUUGCUAUCCAGGAUCCCUGGGCGGCCAUACAAGGAGCCUGCUGAGAUAAAAGUGGAGCGAGACGACUCCCAAGACAGGGACAGCAAGGAAUUCAGCAAGCAGAGUUCUGAAAAGAGCUCAAGCAAGACCAAGAGGAAGCACAAGAAUGACGAGGAAGGCACCAAGCCAGACAGCAAGCGAUGCAAGGUGGAGGACAAAUCUCAAUCGCAUCAUAAAAGCAGCAGUAAAGAAUCCAAGAGGUCUUUGGAGAAAAAAGAGGAGCCUGUCCCCUCUCCGUCAAUGGCAGGUCUCCAGCGUACGCCGAAAGCCGAGCAUCCGAGUCGGAAGAGGACCGCCAGCCAGUCAUCCACGUCUCUGUCCAGCGGCGCGGGUAGUGGCAAGGAGGGGGGCCACAGCACCAAGAGCACCUCCACCUCCAAGCACAGAAAAGGCGAUGAUAAGGGACGCAGCACUCGGGAAUGCAAGGAGAAAUCCUCAAAGGGCUGUGAUAACCAGCUGGCUGUGCCGCCGCUACCCACCGAUGGCUCCAAGUCUCAAAGAUCCAAGCUGCCGUUUGAGGACAGGGCUCUUUCAGCAGAUCAUUACUUACAAGAAGCCAAGAAACUUAAGCACAAUGCCGAUGCACUGCUGGACCGCUUUGAGAAGGCCAUCUACUACCUGGAUGCGGUGGUGUCAUUCAUUGAAUGCGGCAACGCCCUCGAGAAGAGCGCGCAAGAGGCCAAGUCUCCCUUUCCCAUGUAUGCUGAAACGGUGGAACUCAUCAAGUACACAAUGAAGUUAAAAAGCUACAUGGCUCCAGAUGCAACGUCAGCAGACAAGCGUGUAGCGGUUCUUUGCCUCAGAUGUCAAUCUCUCCUCCAUCUGCGGUUGUUCAAGCUGAGGAAAGACAGCGCUCUGAAAUACUCCAAAACACUUUCAGAACAGCUAAAGAACUCUCUGAGUAACACCCAGGCUCCCUCUCCUGGCAUGGGAAACAAAACAGCAGGAAUGCCCUCGCCGGUGUCCCCAAAAUUGUCACCAGGCACGGCAGGCGGCUACUCGUCCGUGAGCAGCAGCAGCAGCGCCGGCUCGUCCGUGACCAUACCUCAGCGUAUCCACCAGAUGGCCGCCAGCUACGUGCAGGUCACCUCCAACUUCCUUCACGCCACCGAGGUGUGGGACCAGGCGGAGCAGCUGUCAAAGGAGCAAAAAGACUUCUUCCAAGAGCUGGACAAAGUGAUGGGUCCCCUAAUCUUCAACACCAGCAGCAUGACAGACCUGGUUCGUCACACCCGCCAGGGCCUCCAUUGGCUGCGUCUGGACGCCAAGCUUGUUCCCUAGCGAGGAACCUUGCCUCUUACGCACACAGCCACACCUCAGCGACACACCCUCACCUCACACAGCCCACCUCUGGUCUUCUUAUACGCGGACACACACACACGAUGAUGAACAUCUUAGACAUAUCUCUUAAGUGUGUGUGUCCUUUUUUUCUACACCAGCUUGCCAAAAACUGAGCAAAUUGGAACAUCUCAAACCGCCGGCUGCACCUUCCGCGGGAGAAGUUUACCACGUUUCACAUAUCCACAUCUUAAUAGAUUUGACCCUGAAGCACCAGGUGAUUUAUUUAUUAUUUAUUCCCUGGACUUCAGUUAUCAAUAUGCUCCUGUUUUUCCCCCCCACCAAAGUACCUCCCAUGAAACACCAAAGGUGCUUUAAAAUUUUCAAAUGAAGGUUUCUCUUUGUUGUUUUUGUGCCUUCUUUGCGAUAUACAGGAAAACAAACCCGUCCCCCACUCACUCUUAUAUGCUUUCAUUAUAUUUUGCUUUAUUCAACAUUGGCCGCCAACGUUUGCUUCUUCUGACUGAGCUUCCAUAACUUUAUAGUCACCCAAAAAUGAGCUAAGGGCUACUGUGCGCUUGCGUCCAUAGAUGUUUUUAGCAUCGUGUUCUAACCGAAAUGUAUGAAGCUGCAUGUAAUCGGCUGCAUGCAAUAACAGUGUGGCCUCUAGGGGUCCCCAUCGGGGCCUUUUCAGAAAUCAAAUGGCUCAUAGCAAGAGGAUUUAUUGCUGUUUAAGGCACAGGAAGUUUGCGGCUCUUCCCUUAAAAACGUUUUCUCUCUGUAGCAAUUUAGAAAAAGUCACUUCAUGCAGUGUUGGCCAUUUUUUUUCAAAUUUUGUUUUACUUUUUUUUUUUGCCCAGAGUGUAUUUUUCUAAGUCAUAGCAGGCAGUGUUAAAAGCAUGGCAAGGUGGUAUCCACAGAUACAAUUCCCCUAUUUACAAUAGGGGCGUAUAACAGGCAGAAAUUGAACAUGUACUAGUUACCACUUUCAUCAGCAGUGUUGCGUUCAUAGAAUAAAGUAAGAGUAUAUAUUUCAAAUAGGCCUAACAGCCAAAAUUCAUUUAUUUAUCUAUACUAGGUAAGCAAGUCUAAAACCAUUUUGACAGUUUUGUUUAUUACAGGAUGGGUAAUGGUUUCUAUUUAAGAUACAUGUACAUCUUAAUUGCUUGUUAAAAGUAGAAAAAGGAAUGUGAGCAAAUAGAUUCUAAUAUGUUCAGUUUUAAUUAAUAGGCAUUGUAAUGAAUUAGCGGAUUGAAUUGUUUGAUGACGUCAUGGCAACAUGGAGUGCAGCUGCUGUGGCGAAACUGCUGUAGCAAUCUUUUCGUUUGGACUAUUCUGGCAUUAAAAAAAGUUCAGAAAGGGCAUAUUUUUAAAAAUAAUUUAUUUAUUAUUGAUGGUUAGGCAAUUUCCCAUCCCGAGUUGGGAUUGUUUGAAAUUACUUUAACUAUAUUAUAAGUGAAGUUUAUUUUUAUUUUUUUCAAUUAAAUUUAAAUGUCGGUCAGUGCUAAGGAUUGGGUCAUACAUAAAAGAAUAACUCAAUAGAUUUUUUUUUUUUUUUACUAAAUACAUUUUUUCAGGAGAAAAUUCGUUGAUAAUAAAGUGAUUUUGUUUGAGGAUAGAAUUUUAAAAUAAUUAUAUUUAAAGUAAUCAGACAAGAACAAAGUCAUAUUUUUCCAGGAGAACUCAGGCAAACUGAUGAAGUGAUAUUUUCAAAAACCUUUCCAAUGGUAAAUAUGUCAAGUUUAUUUAAGAGUUUUGCAAAAAUAUGACUUCUCUGCAUCCUCUAAAUGUUUUUCUCGAUAAUUAUAUGUGUAUCGCCUAUUCUUUUCUUUCCUAAAUUACUAUUUAUUUUGCAAUUUAAGACCUUUUAAAGAAAAAAUAUGACUUGGCUGUUUCAUUUUAUUUUCAUAUGAUUCAAACUACUUAGGAAAAAAAUUACUCUCCAAAAUGUUUUUAUUUUUUAAGACUACUAUUAUUGAAAAAUAUCACCUUUUUAUGCACUCUUUUAAGACUAUGAUCAUUUUAAAAUUAGGACAUUAUUAUCGUAAAAGAGAGAUUUUUAAAGAAAAUCACGCAACGGUAUUCUAGGAUUAUGACUAUAUCACAAAAAGUAUGUUAAAAUUACAUUUGUAUUUAUUUGUUUUACUUUAUAACAUUUCUUUAACAGAAAUAACUUAAUUCCCGAGCAAAUUCGACUUUUUUGGGUCAAAUUUGGGUCUUUGAAAAAAAAAAAAAGCCAACUCAAAUUAAAGUACUAUGUAAUAAAGAAACAUUUUUUUACGUUAAUUCAUUUUUAAAAUGGCAACAUUGAAAAAAAAAUUAUGUUUUUAUUCCUGUAAGAUUAAGUUCUCAUAACAUUCCAAAUUCAUUCUUAUUGUUCAAAUGGGGCGGCGUGGCUCGGUUGGUAGAUCGGCCGUGGUAGCAUCUUGAGGGUUACAGGUUCGAUAUCCGCUUCCGCCAUCCUAGUCACUGCUGUUGUGUCCUUGGGCAAGACACUUCGCCCACCUGCUCCCAGUGCCACCUGCUCCCAGUGCCACCCACACUGGUUUAAGUGUAACUUACAUAUUGGGUUUAACUAUGUAAAGCGCUUUGAGUCACUCGAGAAAAGCGCUAUAUAAAUAUAAUUCCCUUCACCACAAUUAUUGUUUUUCUUUUCAGUGUGGUCCUAAUAUUCCUAAUGGGGUUGGGGACUAACAAAGCCUGCAAUCUUCAGGACGAUACCCCUCCUUGUAGCUCUUUUUCUGCAUCACAUCCUCCAGUGUAGUUGUUUUGACCUCAUUGCUGUUCUCACCUUUCCCUGGCUCAAUGGCCUUCCAUCUUUGGAAGACCAAACUGUUUUUCCUCUUACACUUGAAAAAGACAAAAAACAAGUUAUUUUUAAAUCUAUGCAGAACUUUUUUUUAUUUUUUUUACAUAAAACAUACAUUUCUGUGGAUGUAUUGUUAAAUGUUUAGGUGAUUUUUAAUUUAAAAGAAACCCAUUCGACUCAAAUGCCUUUUUUGCAAUGUAGUGUACUGCUUUAGUACAUUUAUAUAUAAAUAUAUAAAUAUGUGUGUAAAUAGGUGUUUUAUAAGAAAAACACAGAUGGUUUGUGCCAUUCUGUGCCUAAAAGCUGGAGGCCACUUUUUUUCUCAUUGGAAAAGAAUUAAAAACUCCUUUAUGGGGUUUUGACUUAAUUGCCAGGCCAGCUAAUGUGUUCAUACACUGGUACACUUUGUAAGUACAGCUCCUACAUGGAUGUAUAAACUCGAGCAACAUUUUAAACACUUUUUAUUUAUUUUUAUUCACCCCUCUCUUCCCAAACACACACACACACCUUUUUUUUGUGUGUGUUUUUUUUUUUUGCCUAACAUUUAAUGAAAGGUGUAAAUGUAGCGGAGUAAUCCAUGAGAUUUCAUUGUAAUUAAUAUUAAAUGAAUCCAGGGUAAUUAGUUUUUCCAAUAGGAAGAUGUUAACACAUGCAUGUUUCUAUUUAAAAUGUAUAAAGUGUACAUAUAACAUUUCUUUAAAAGGGUGAAUUUCUACUACAGGCUGACAUUUUUAUUGAAAUUAAAUAUCUGCUGUAAAUAUAUUUGUGAGAUACUUUUAUGCACAGGUUCCUUUUUUCUCUGAACUGUUAGAGAUCACGCCCACAGUUCGUAAUUGUUUUUUCUUGUCGUAAUCGUAUACUUCUUCUGGGACUUUACCGCCACAUAAUUAUCAACGCUGUCUUCUCUGUAUUUGUUAGGGGAAGUGUGAUGACAAUACGGAUGGACACGUACCAGAGUAUUUAAUAACUUUUUUUUUUUUUUAGCAAUUGGUCACAUCUGUCUUUUAAAUGUUUCCAAGAAAAAAAAGAAGGUAUUUCUCUACACAGCUGCAACAGUUUCUACAGUGUCUUCUAUACACAGAUCAGCACCGUACACUAUAAGUACUAUUAUUAGUUUUAAGAUGAAAUAGACGCUAUAUAUGAUGGAUGCAAUAUGACGAAUUUGAAAGGUACUCGUUUGAUCUUCAGACUUUGAAGUCAUGUAAUUUAAAAAGCAUUCUUGUGAAGUGAGUAUUAAUUGUGACUAAUGAGAGUCUGUCCUGAAUAUUCUUUGUAUUUUUUGUUGUAUUGAGAAUAAAUUAUAUAUGACUUACGUUUACAA